CUGGGGGGCUCUGCCGGACCGAGCCGGAACCGAGGACCAGACAGGGUUCUGGAAGGGGUUCUGAGGAACCAAAGCCAGGGCCGGUUCCGUUUGGGUCUGGUGGUGACCCCUGAUGGGAGGGGCCCUCAAACACCUGGACCUCAGCGGGCCAGAGGAGGAGAACCUGGAUUGGUUCUGUCUAGACACCAGAGACUCCUUCAGAAAGUCCUGGUCAGAGAGUUUUCUCAGAGUCCCCCCAUCUUGAGAACCUGGUCUGUGUUCCCCGUGGUUCUAGCUGCAGCCUCACGCGCACGCCGGGUUACGGCUGCGGCCCGAGCAGAGGAAGAAGAUGCUGAGCGGGGAUUGGCUGCGCGGAGGGGCGUGCGGCACAGGGCAAAGAUGGCGGCGGUGACCAGAGGCUCCUUCAGUGUCUUCAGACGGCUGCUGAGUCAGCAGUACCGGCGCCGCUGCUUCCGGCUGCAGAACUGGAGGUCCAACAGAGCCCUGCAGCCACUCGUCUUCACCUGGAAGCCCAGUGUCCAGGUGUUCAGCAGCAGGUCGCUGCACACCGCCUCCAUGUGUCAGGGACCCAUCGUCCAGUUCAAACUGUCAGACAUUGGAGAGGGAAUCAUGGAGGUGACGGUGAAGGAGUGGUACGUGAAGGAGGGAGACAAAGUGUCUCAGUUUGACAGCAUCUGCGAGGUCCAGAGCGACAAGGCGUCCGUCACAAUCACAAGCCGCUAUGACGGAGUCAUCAAGAAGCUGUACUAUGACGUGGACGCCACGGCGCUCGUGGGAAAACCGCUGGUGGACAUUGAGACCGAGUCCAGCUCAGAGGUCAUCCAGGAGGAGGAUGUGGUGGAGACGCCCGCCAUGGCCCGAGAAGAACACACCCACCAGGAGAUCAAAGGUCACAAGACCCAGGCCACGCCAGCCGUCCGGCGCCUCGCCAUAGAGAACAAUAUAAAACUGAGUGAGGUGGUGGGGACGGGGAGAGACGGGCGGAUCCUCAAGGAGGACAUCUUGAACUUCUUGGCCAAGCAGACGGGCGCCAUCUUGCCCCCGACCCCAUUCCAGGAGAUCCAGACUCCGGGCCCAGCCCCGGCUGCUCCCGCUGCCCAGCCCGUGAGCACGCCGGCAGCAGCCAAACCUCCACCCUCCAGACCAGCACCCGUCUUCACCGGCAAGGACGUGACGGAGCCCCUCAAAGGCUUCCACAAAGCGAUGGUGAAGACGAUGACGGCGGCCCUGAAGAUCCCCCACUUUGGCUACUGCGACGAGGUGGACCUGAGCCGCCUGGUGGCCCUGAGGGCGGAGCUCCAGCCCCUCGCCCAGAGCCGGGGGGUCAAACUCAGCUACAUGCCCUUUUUCAUCAAGGCCGCCUCCCUAGGUCUCCUCCAUUUCCCAAUCCUGAAUGCGUCCUUAGACGAGGCCUGCCAGAACAUCACCUACAAGGCGUCCCACAACAUCGGGCUGGCCAUGGACACCAGCCAGGGGCUGCUGGUGCCCAACGUGAAGAACGUCCAGCUGCUCAGCGUGUGGGAGGUCGCCAUGGAGCUGAACCGCCUGCAGGCGCUGGGCGCCGCCGGCCAGCUGGGCACCGCCGACCUGACCGGGGGCACCUUCACGCUGUCCAACAUCGGCUCUAUUGGAGGGACGUACGCCAAACCCGUCAUUCUGCCUCCGGAGGUCGCCAUCGGAGCACUGGGGAAACUCCAGGUGUUGCCGCGGUUCGACGCUGGCGGUCAGGUGACCCGCGCCCACAUCAUGAACGUCAGCUGGUCGGCAGAUCACCGCAUCAUCGACGGCGCCACCAUGUGCCGCUUCUCCAACCUGUGGAAGGCCUACCUGGAGAGCCCGGCCAGCAUGGUGCUGGACCUCAAGUCACAUGACGUGGGGGCUAAAAUAACCCAGCCGUCCGGGGUCAGGUUUCAGCAGCAUGGAGGACGGCCGUGCCGCUACAAGGAUGGUCUGUGGGAGGUCCAGGCUGCAGCUCAGGGGUCAGAGGUCGUCCUGACUGUCAUGGCGGGCGUGGCGGUGGCGUGCGGCUCGGUGAGCUCCAUCAAAGCUCUGUGGGAGACCAGAAUCAGGAGGAGGAAGGAGGAGGAGGAGCAGAGGAGGACGGCCAGGGGCGGAGCUACAGGCAGAGUCGGGGUCGGGGCCUGGGAGGACCGGGCCACGCUGGCCAGGCUGAGGGAGAAGCUCCAGACCGAAGACGGCCGGCUGGUGCUCCGGAUCGAGAAGGAGGACUGGAAGUCUCUGCCCGGGUGCCUGGUUCAGCUCAGCCAGGUCCAGGAGUGGCAGAUCCACCGGACCGGGCUGCUGAAGGUCCCACAUUUCAUCUCCAGCUUCCAGAACCUCCUGGUCCUGGAUCUGUCCCGCAAUGCGGUGGCUGAGAUUCCCAAACAAAUCGGGAAGCUGACCCGGCUCAGGGAGCUGCUGCUGAGCUACAACCGGAUCCAGUCCGUCCCCGAGGAGCUGAGCGGGUGUGAGAGUCUGGAGAGGCUGGAGCUGGCCACGAACCGGGACCUGCACGAGCUGCCGGACCAGCUGGGGCGGCUGGGCCGGCUGCAGCACCUGGACCUGUCCAUGAACGCCUUCCGGGCCGUGCCGGCCUGCGUGCUGGCGCUGCCCGCCCUGCAGUGGCUGGACAUGGGCAGCAACCGGCUGCAGCACCUGCCGGAGGACCUGCACAGGAUGGAGCGCCUGCACCCGCUGGGGCUCCCGAGGACCCAGCUGGAGCGGCUGCCGGACGGCGUGGCCCGCAUGGCCAGCCUGGACACGCUGGUGCUGAGCAGCAACCGGCUGCGGGACAUCCCCCCCCUGAUGGAGGACAUGAGCCGGCUCAGGUUUGUCAACUUCCGGGACAACCCCCUGACCCUGGAGGUGGCGCUGCCCCCGCCGAGCGGCGCCCAGGAGGACGAGGACGACCGCGAGAUGUUCGGCCGCGACUUCAUGCUGGCGUACAUCCGGGAGGCCCGCAAGCGAGCGUACGCCGUGCUCAACGUGCACUCUGUGGGCCGUUAAUAGGGGUGUCCAAAGUAUCCAUACUCAAAAAAGUGUCGAUACUAAAACGUUGUAUCCGGAUACGAUUCUCUCUGAUUUGUUUAUGAUCAUUAACGUGACGUUAGCCUUGAAUUGCUAGCUGCGGCUAAUGGCCCUAAAUAACACGCC